ACCGGCGGUGAGUUCUGUCAGUCACAGUCGUCAAAGCUUUCUGCUCCAGACAACAAGAAAAAAUUAAAAUGAAGAGUCUUGCACUUUUUGCCAUGCUUUUGGCAGUGGCAGCUGCUGUACCAGUACUGACUAGGGGACGCAACGACCCCCCUAAAUACAUUAAUCGUCCACGUCCGCCAAGCUCUGGCCAUGGUUUCGGCCGUGUUGCUGAAGAUGACGCCUCAGAGAUGGAGUCCGCCGACGAGAUCGAAGCCCGAAAGAUUCACGGACAUGUCAAGAUUGGCAUUGGAAAACACGGCAAACCUCAUGUCAGUGGACACAUCGAGUGGGAUGAAGAUGAGCCCGAAGCCCGCGAUGUCCACGGAAGCGUCAGUGCAUCAGCUGGUGUGUCGAAAGGGGAAGGAAGCCGUGCCGAAGGACAUGUUGGUGUCAACGGCAAGAUCGAUUGGGAUGAAGACGAACUGGAGCUCAAUGGAGUCAAAUGCAUUGAAUCUCGCAAAGUUCACGGAAUCAUCUGUGUGGAAGGAAACAAGACUGAAGGCCUUGUUGGUGUCAAGGGGAAGAUUGAGUGGGACGAGGCUAAGCCAGAGCCACGUAAAGUUCAUGGAAGCGUUAGUGUUAAUGCCGGAGCAUCAAAGGGUAAGGGAAGUCGUGGUGAAGGACAUGUUGGCAUCAAUGGAAAGAUCGACUGGGAUGAGCCAGAGGCCCGCGAUGUUCACGGAAGCGUCGGCGCUGAAGCUGGAGUAUCAAAGGGUGAAGGCAGUGGUGUUGAAGGGCAUGUUGGUGUGAGCGGAAAGAUCGAUUGGGACCAACCUGAACCCCGUGAUGUUCACGGAAGCGUCGGUGCAGAGGCUGGAGUCUCUAAGGGCGAAGGCAGUGGUGUUGAAGGGCAUGUUGGUGUGAGCGGAAAGAUCGAUUGGGACCAGCCUGAACCCCGUAAGGUUCACGGAAGCGUCGGUGCAGAGGCUGGAGUCUCUAAGGGUAAAGGCGGUGGUGCUAAAGGACAUGUUGGUGUGAGCGGAAAGAUCGAGUGGGACCAACCUGAGCCUCGUGAUGUUCACGGAAGCGUUGGCGCUGAAGCUGGAGUCUCUAAGGGUGAAGGCAGUCGUGCUGAAGGACAUGUUGGUGUACAUGGCAAGAUUGACUGGGACCAACCUGAACCCCGUGAUGUUCACGGAAGCGUCGGCGCAGAAGCCGGAGUCUCGAAGGGUAAAGGAGGUGGUGCUGAAGGGCAUAUUGGUGUGAGCGGAAAGAUCGAUUGGGACCAGGACCAAUAAACGGAUCAACAGAGGGUGAAAACACCAGUUAACGAGACUCCGUUGACGAAUCUUUAGUGCCAUGAAAUAAUUAUACUCAGAUUCAUAUCACCUGUGAGAACAGUUUGAUCCUGCUACCAUUCAACAGAAUGUAUCCUAAGUUAUGUAUCGAAUAAAAUCAUUCCUCUUGAAGCAAA